UAAAUUAAAUUAAAAUUAAAAACGGUUUCAUUGCAGCAGUCUCCCUCAAGAUCACUGAACAAACAGUACAUCAUCAUCAUUUCAGCGCCAGACCAGAGGCUUUCUGUCAAGCUGUCCAUUCAUUCAAACUCAAACAACAUCAACAACAAGGAUUUCCAGAAGACACAAACCAUGAUGGCUAUUACAUUGCCUCAGAACCCUUCCUUUCAACUAGGAUCAUCAUUCCCUCAGAAAACCCGAUAUCUCAACAAGGCUUCCCAGUCACUUCCUGGAAAUGAUGUUACCUUUUGCGGGACACGAUCGAAGGAAACCAGAAUCCUACCAAAGCCAUGUCAUGCUAUCUCUGAGAAAGAAACUUCAAGCUCGUUUGGUGGUUUGUCCAAAAAUAACAACCCUAUAAUUGUAAUCGACAAUUAUGAUAGCUUCACUUACAACCUUUGCCAGUAUAUGGGAGAACUCGGAUGCAACUUUGAGGUUUACCGGAAUGAUGAGCUUACCGUGGAUGAACUUAGAAAGAAAAAGCCAAGAGGAGUUCUUAUAUCGCCGGGACCAGGUGCACCGCAAGAUUCAGGAAUAUCAUUGCAGACAGUACUGGAACUUGGACCUGAUGUACCUUUAUUCGGUGUAUGCAUGGGACUACAGUGCAUUGGUGAAGCCUUUGGAGGGAAAAUUGUGCGGUCUCCUUAUGGUGUUAUGCAUGGAAAAAGUUCACUGGUGUAUCAUAACGAGGGUGGGGAAGAUGGUUUGUUUGCAGGCAUAUCAAAUCCAUUUACUGUAGGUAGAUAUCAUAGCCUUGUAAUUGAAAAGGAAAGCUUUCCGAGUGAAGUGCUCGAGAUCACAGCAUGGACAGAGGAUGGACUUGUAAUGGCUGCUCGUCACAAAGUGUAUCGCCAUUUGUUGGGAGUACAGUUUCAUCCAGAGAGCAUUAUAACAACUGAGGGCAAGACCAUUGUUAGCAACUUCAUCAAACUGAUUGAAAGCAGGGAAGCCGUUUCUGGGGACUAAAAUAACUUCCAAUGUUAUUCUCAGUAAAGAUCUUUAGUUAUUUUUGUAGGCAUCUGGUUUAGACUUACCAAACGACUUGAAAUCUUUUUCGGUUGAUUUUUAUAUUUUAGUCUUUUAAGUAGACAUAUUCAAGUCCAUUCUUCCUUUUUGGUAGUUUUUAUACCAUAACAUUUUGGAUGGUAGUGCAUUUAAAUGCAGUAAAUUUAUUUAGUUCA